CUAGGCACAUAUAUAUGCAUAGUAUACCCAUAUAAAGUACGACUAUGGCGGCUCAGCCGAACGAAUCAACUUAGGCAGUUACUCCAGAAUGGGUACCUUGUUCAUCGUUGACUCACCACUCGAGCUAUCCUUGGAAGUGCUCCAAAACAUACUUGCAGAAUACAGGGUGGAGACUCCACUCAUUCGCCUCAUUUUUCGACACCGUUGUGCCUUCGUCCGCCGAUGGCGUCCAUCCAUGGAACCUGAGCGCUAUUUACCGGGGGCGACUAAUCACUCCGAAAGGUCCCUUUUUGGGGAUCCAUCAUCCAUACCCUCUUACCGCCAUACCCCAGGUCUUUGCGACCGCGCUAAUCGGGAGAGAUCGACGCGCGGCACCUCCUCAGUAGGUAAACCUGUGUCAUCAGUGUAAAUUACCGUAUCCCGGUUGCAUCAUCCUCCGCUGCCCUUGCCUGCUUGGAGGAUCGACCUAUUAAGCCCCAGCUGCUGCUAUCUUACACCUACUCCCAUCCUCCUCCUCUUCCUCUUCUCCAACUCCUCAGCCAUCCAUCCUUCUUCCUUUUUAAACUCACCCCCUCCCAACUCAGCAUCGAUCCAUCCUUUCAUCUUUUCUUUCUUUUAUCUUCAUCACCAUUUGUAUUCUUUCCUCUUAGAACCCUCCCUUCCCCCCCCUCUUCUGUACGUUGUGCUAGACAUCGCUCCUGUUGCCCAUCAUGAGAGGCAUCCUCAGCCUUUCCCUGCUGCCACUCCUGGCAGCGGCCUCCCCCGUUGCCGUUGACUCCAUCCACAACGGAGCGGCCCCCAUUCUUUCGGCCUCAAAUGCCAAAGAAGUUCCAAACUCUUACAUCGUCGUCUUCAAGAAGCAUGUCUCCUCGGAAACGGCUGCUGCUCAUCACACCUGGGUGCAGGACAUCCACGACUCGAUGACUGGACGCAUCGACUUGAAGAAGCGCUCUCUUUUCGGUUUCAGUGAUGACCUUUACCUGGGUCUCAAGAACACCUUCGAUAUCGCUGGGUCCCUGGUGGGCUACUCUGGACAUUUCCAUGAGGAUGUGAUCGAGCAGGUCCGGAGACAUCCUGAUGUUGAAUACAUCGAGAAAGACACCGAAGUCCACACCAUGGAGGAGACAACCGAGAAGAAUGCUCCUUGGGGCUUGGCUCGUAUCUCCCACCGUGACAGCCUCUCGUUUGGCACCUUCAACAAGUACCUGUAUGCGUCGGAAGGCGGUGAGGGUGUCGAUGCUUAUACUAUUGACACUGGUAUCAACAUCGGGCAUGUCGAUUUCGAGGGUCGUGCCCAUUGGGGAAAGACCAUCCCUAGCAAUGAUGAGGAUGAGGAUGGCAAUGGACACGGAACUCACUGCUCUGGAACCAUCGCUGGUAGUAAGUACGGUGUUGCCAAGAAGGCCAACAUCUAUGCCGUCAAGGUCUUGAGGUCCAGCGGUUCUGGCACUAUGUCCGAUGUCGUUCUGGGUGUCGAGUGGGCCGUCCAAUCCCAUCUUAAGAAGGCUAAAGACGCCAAAGACGGCAAGGCCAAGGGCUUCAAGGGCAGCGUUGCCAACAUGAGCCUUGGUGGUGGCAAGUCGAAGACUCUUGAGGACGCUGUCAAUGCUGGUGUUGAGGCUGGUCUUCACUUCGCCGUUGCUGCUGGUAACGACAAUGCCGACGCCUGCAACUACUCCCCUGCUGCCGCUGAGAAUGCCAUCACUGUCGGUGCCUCGACCCUUCAGGAUGAGCGUGCUUACUUCUCCAACUACGGAAAGUGCACUGACAUCUUCGCUCCGGGUCUCAACAUUCUCUCCACCUGGACUGGCAGCAAGCACGCUGUCAACACCAUCUCCGGAACCUCCAUGGCUUCUCCUCACAUUGCUGGUCUGCUGGCCUACUUCGUUUCUCUGCAGCCUGCUCAGGACUCCGCAUUCGCUGUUGAUGAGCUUACUCCUGCCAAGCUCAAGAAGGAUCUCAUCUCCAUUGCCACCCAGGGUGCCCUUACUGAUAUCCCAUCUGACACCCCCAAUCUUCUCGCCUGGAACGGUGGUGGUACCAACAACUACACCCAGAUCGUCGCCAAGGGUGGAUACAAGGCCGGCAGUAACAACAUUAAGGACCGCUUUGACGGACUGGUCAACAAGGCCGAGAAGUUGCUCGCUGAGGAGCUUGGAGCUAUCUACAGUGAGAUCCAGGAUGCUGUUGUUGCAUAG